AUGGGAGAGAUUUCCAAAAUCGAGGCCGUCGCCGACGAUGGCAAGAUUGUCGAGCCCAGUGGUAACGUCCUGUACGACAUCGAUCCGGCAGCCGAGCAACGUGUGCUGAGGAAGAUAGACAUGCGCGUGAUGCCUCUGAUGUUCCUCGUCUUCUUCUUCCAAUUCCUUGACAAGCAAACCAUCAAUUUCGCGUCAGUCUUCGGCCUGCAGCAAGACCUCAAUGUCAGCGGCAGCGAGUUCUCCUGGGCCGUGUCACUCUUCUAUUUCGGCAUCCUAACGGCACAAUUUCCAAUGACCUACUUCAUUGCCGCGCCGCAUAACGCAGCUGGACUGCUAGCGACGAGGUUCUUCCUUGGUGCGUGCGAAGGUGUUGCGGCACCUGGCUUUGUGGUGAUUACCAGUAAUUACUAUAAGAGGUCUGAGCAUCCCAUUCGGGUUGCUGUAUGGCAGGGCACCAACGGAUUCGCACAGAUCAUUGGAGGCAUUCUAAUGUACGUGAUCGGUCAAUCCGAUGACCUGGCGUUGGCGAGCUGGCGUGUGAUCUUCAUCGUCGCGGGUUGCGGAACCAUUGGCGCCGGCGCGCUGUUCAUCGCCUUCAUGCCGAGAGAUCCCUCAGUUGCGCGGUUCCUCAAUGAGGAGGAGCGACGCAUUGCGGUGCAGAGGCUGGCAAACGACAGAGCGACCAGGGACAGGAGCCAAUUCAGUGCUGAUCAAGUCAAGGAGGCGCUCUUGGACCUACAGACCUGGUUCUACUUCGUGUUCGGAUUCCUGAUCUGCAUGUCGUCGCCCAUUUUGAAGUUCUCUUCGCUUGUCAUCAACGGCUUUGGAUUCUCCAGGUUUCGGACCAUGUUGGUUGGACUUCCAAGUGGUGCAUUGCAGAUCAUAACGACCUGGUCCGCGGCGUUCCUGAUGGGAUAUACCAAGAGUUUCCGCUGCUUCUCGGGGUUGUUAUUCACUAUCCCACCGCUGGUAGGCAGCAUCCUGCUGCUUUGCCUCCCAGCAUCCGCGAAGUGGGGUAUCGUGGUUAGCACUUGGCUCGCAGCACAGUCUUCGUCCUUGAUUCAAGUCAGUCUCAGCAUACUCGCCUCGAACGUGAAGGGCAACACGAAGAAAUCGGCCGUCAGUGCUGUCUUCUUCUUGGCGUACUCGACUGGCUGCAUCGUCUCACCACAGCUGUGGCAGAAGCCAGACGCGCCACGCUACACCAAGGGCGUGGUGGCGAGUAUCGUGUGUUGGUGUUUGUUCAUCAUUAGCCUGUUGGCUUAUUACGUCAUGUUCCGCAGAGUCAAUCGCAAGCGAGAUGUGGAGGUGACGGAGUGGGAACCUGUCGAGAAUGGGAAGACCGAGUUGGACGCUGCUGUCGAUAUUGACUCGGAUAUGACUGACAAGCAGGAUAUCAAGUUCAGGAACACCUUGUGA